GGUUAUGUGGACAACAAGCAUUGCACGUUGAUUAUUUAUUAUUUGAAUGUUUUCUCAAGUAUAUAUGCAUAUAUAUGAUAGUUGAAUAGAACAUAUUGCAAAGAAACAUAACAUCUCAAUUACAAUCAUGGAAGGAGAAGGAUCAUUAUCAUUUGUUAGAAAAGGAGCUUGGAAUAAAAUGGAAGAUGAACUUCUCACUACUUGUGUACAACAAUAUGGAGAAGGAAAAUGGCACCUUGUGCCCAUAAGAACAGAUCGAUUUUUAAUUGUAGGGUUGAACAGAUGUCGCAAAAGCUGUAGAUUGAGGUGGUUGAAUUAUUUAAAACCAAGUAUCAAGAGAGGAGAAUUCACUGAGGACGAAGUUGACAUGAUGAAAAGAUUGCAUAGACUCUUGGGAAACAGGUGGUCCCUGAUCGCUGGAAGACUUCCUGGAAGAACACCUAAUGAUGUGAAAAAUUACUGGAAUACCCAUAUCCAUAAAAAGGUAUCAUCAUCUCAUAAGGAAGAGUACUCUACAUGUGCAAAGUCAAAAAAGGAAAUAAUCAAACCUCAUUUAGUCAUAAAACCCCAACCUCGAAAUUUCUCAACCACUAAUUCAACCAUGUUGAAAAUGAGGUUCCUUAAUGAAGAUCAAAGUGGGGCCAAAAAUUCUCAAGCAUGUGAUGAUACUUUAAUAACAAAGUACAAUGAUAAUAAUUUAGAUGAUAAGUGGUGGGUGGGAUCAACUAUGAUGGAUGAUGACAAAGGAUGCAAUGUUGGUGUGAAUAAUGAUUUAUGUUGUGUCCAAGAUGGGAUGCUCAUGAAAGACCUUAAAUUGAAUGAUGAGAUUAUAAAAGGUCUUUUAGAAGAUCAAAGUUGGAGUGAUUUUCUUAUUGAUAUCAAUUUUUUGGAUUUGUAAUUUUUUACAGUUUAGUCAACAAAAAUUGAUAUAUUUAAUCUAUAAUAUUAAACAAGUAUAUCAAUUUUUACUGACUAAAAUGUUUUUUAUAAAAGUAGAAGAGAGAGUACACAUUUCGGUAAAUUAAUAUUUUAAGACAGAAAUAAGAAAGAGAUUAUUUUUAUGUAAUUGUAUACUGUUAAUCAAAUACACACUAUUAUGUUUAUGAAUUUUAAAAUA